GGCAGCCUAGAGCAGCAGAAGUCCUUUAAUGAAGCCGCUUCUCAAGUGCAAGAGGCGUUCCACGCCAGCAUCUCCAUGGCAUUCAACAUCCUCGGGCUCGAGCAUCUGCAGAAGAGGCAGUACGCGGCGGCCUUUCACCUCUUCAAGCUGGCGGCAGAUCAGAACUACAGCAAAGCCCAGUACAACGUGGGGCUGUGCUAUGAACACGGGAGGGGCACCGAGAAGGAUGCGGCAAAGGCAGUCCUCUACUACCAGAGGGCGGCUCGCCAGGGCCACCCAAUGGCCCAGUAUCGCUAUGCCAAAUGGCUCCUGCGGAGUUGGCCCAAAGUGGAGGAAGACAGCAGCGUACAGGAGGCGGUGGAUUUGCUGGGCCAGGCGGCCACUGCGGGGCUGACCCAGGCACAAGUUUAUCUGGGUGGGCUGUGCCUGAAUGGCUUGAAGACUGGCAGGAAAACGGCAUUGAAAUACUCACACAUGGCAGCCAAGAGUGGGCGUCUAUGCCUCCAUGGAAAAGAGGACCAGAACCCCGUGUCUGUUACCAAAUUCCGUAUCUGUUAG